AUGACAUCUGGUUACCAAAGGCUUCAGUUACAAGAAGAAGAUGUGCUGAAAAUACUCGCUGCUGGAGCACAUAUUGGUUCAAAAGAUGUUGAUUUUCAAAUGGAACAAUAUGUAUGGAAAAAGAAACCAAAAAAUGAAGGCUCAUCCAUCGUUAACAUCCGAAAAUUAUGGGAAAAACUUAUGUUAGCUGCACGUGCUAUUGUAGCAGUAGAAAAUCCAGCUGAUGUUUGUGUAAUUAGUUGUCGUCCACAAGGUCAACGCGCCGUAUUAAAAUAUGCCAAGUAUACUGGAGCAACUCCAAUUGCCGGACGUUUUACACCUGGUUCAUUUACAAAUCAAAUUCAAGCAGCAUUCAAGGAACCACGUCUGAUUGUUGUUACUGAUCCACAUGUCGAUCAUCAAGCUGUAAGCGAAGCGUCGUUUGUUAAUAUACCUGUUAUUGGUUUUUGUGAUCCAAACACACCAUUACGUUUUAUCGAUAUUGUUAUACCAUGCAACAACAAGACAAUUAAAUCAAUCGGUUUAAUGUGGUGGUUUCUUGCACGUGAAGUACUUCGUUUACGGGGUGAUAUUAAUCGUCAAAUACCGUGGGAUGUUAUGGUUGAUUUAUUUUUCUAUCGUGAUCCGGAAGAGGCUGAUAAAGAAGAACAAGUAUUAGCGGGUGGAAAUGAAGGUGAUACACAAUUACAGCACGCUGCCGACAGUUAUUUUGAUAACGAUGCGCAAAUCAUGCCAAAUACUGAAGGUUUCUCAGGCCAUCAAGAGAACUGGGGUUCAUCAGGUGACAAUUGGGGUAGUAAUACAAAUGCACCUGAGGUAACACCAGCACCAGCACCAGCGAGCGAGUGGACUGCAGCAUCAAACGCAACCGCAGGAUGGUAG